AUGGAGUUGGAGGCUGGUGUAGUUGUCAUUCCCGGACCACCUACUGUGAUUGUACAGAGACGAAGUCCACUUCGCCUCAACUGCUCCGCUUUCUCUACUGUUGGAUUUGGACCAACUUCUUACAGAUGGACAAGAAAUAGACAAGAGGUCACAUUAAAUAAACGAAUCCAGUUGGCUGAAAAUGGUUCUCUCUAUUUCCAACAUUUAAAGCGUCGAAAACGUCCGAGUCGGAGCGAUGAGGGAAUGUACGAAUGUUUCCUUAACAACAGCAAGGGAGUUGUGAUAGGACGACAAGUGCUCGUCAAAGUGGCAAGAAUUGCCAGCAAGUUUACCAAGAUGCCUGCUGAUCAGGAGACUGUUGUUGAGGGUGUGGCCCGAUUUGAAUGUAAGAUAGAAGCCACACCUCCUCCAGUAUAUAUAUGGGAGAAAGAUGAUUCCAGUCUACCCAUCAACAACAGAACUACAACCCUAGCCUCGGGAGUUUUACAGAUACAUGAUGUCCGGGCGGAGGAUGCAGGGACCUACCACUGUUCAGCACAACACAGGUUUCAGGACAUUGCCAAUCUUCAGGAGACGGUCACCUCGAUGUCACGUCGUCACAGUGAAGCAGGCAUUCUCACUGUAACACAUGACCAAGCUCCCAGACCUCCAAAGAUUGUGUAUGCAACAGAUGAAGUCAUCGCUAAUAGCAAGGAGUCCGUCACUUUGGAAUGUUUGGUGGAUGGUUAUCCUAAGCCCAGUGUCAGAUGGCUUACACAAAAUGAUAGCCAAGUUGUGGAGAACCUGUUUAAGAUGAGGGUUGGGGUCAGCAAUCUUAAGUUUAAGGAGCUGGUAGUGACGGAUGAAGGGACUUACCGAUGUGUUGCCUCAAGUCCAGGUCACACAGAUGCUGUGGCUGAGGUUAAACUGAAAGUCAGAGUUCCUCCUGUACUGACUGGUCCGCUGGUCAGUCACAAAGUCCAGAGUGCCCAAAGAAUUCGCUUGGAUUGCCCAGUGAGUGGCAGACCCAAACCCAAGAUUGCAUGGUACAGGAAUGGAGCGCCCCUGACGGCCCACGGUCGCAUCUCUAUCACAGAACAGAACGUUCUCCUGAUAGAAAGCAUUCUGAGUGACUCCGGAUAUUACCAGUGUCAGGCCUCCAACGCCGCCGGUUCUGUCAUGACAACUGCUCGCAUAGAAGUCAUUCAAAAGGACAACAGUCCAGGGAAGACCCAGAACUUCACCGUCACUGUACUGUCAGCCACAGAAGUUUUUGCGGAAUGGGCUGGCGCUGAUUCUCCAGUCUGCUGUCCUGUGGUAGCCUAUACGCUUCACUAUCGCAAGAUUGGGGGCUCAUCGAAGGAACAGAAGGCGAUAGUGACCGGAACGUCACGGAAGCUGAACAAGUUGGAUAUUUUUUCAGAGUACGAAUUUUAUGUUAAAGCCUAUGCUAAGGAAGGCGCUGGGGAGGAGUCGAGGAAAAUACGGGUUACUACGAUGGAAUCAGUACCGUCAGCGGUUCCAACUAUCGAGACAACAAGUACAUCCCCCACAAACAUUCAGGUGACUUGGAGUGAGCUUCCUCGGAAGCUUAGAAAUGGCAUCAUAACCAGGCAUCAGAUUCGUUACAAGACACAGUCGUCACAGUCAAAGAUCAUAGAGGUCACCUCCAAUGUCACAAGUUACAUGAUAACAGGUCUGCGAUCUGACACUGACUACCUUGUGCUUGUAUUGGCUGGGACUGAUGUCGGCUAUCCCACUCAGGAUGAAAAUUUCUGGACAUGGACUUUGCACCACACUCCAGGCCGAGAGCUUGAAUUACCUGCCCCUGAACUUGAGGUUAUGAUGGUGAAUAACAAUACUGUACGUUUCCUGUGGAAUGUUGGUAAUGUUUCUGAAACCGUGCUUGGAUACCGUCUCUCCAUACACAAGAUUCUGGAGGAGGAAGGUGUUACUGCUGAGGUCACAGAGGUCAAUGCCACAGUAACUUCCUUAUACAAAUCAGGUUUAGAGCCAGAGAAGUUCUACGAGGCGGUAUUAAUGGUACUUGGCUCAAACGGCAAGGUUGUUGGCCUAGUGACUCUGCUAUUCCAGACACACAACCCUAACAUGCCAGCUCUACCCCCUCCCCCUGUAGAUCUUGAGCCACACCCUCUGUCCUCCACCUCUGUGUCCUUUUCCUGGCGUCCACCUCGCACCCCCCAGGAGAUCAGAUUCUACACAGUCCAGUACAGCACGGCCAACAACAGCCAUAAAGUCACUGUGCGGAGUGAUCUACCACAAAUUGUUCUGGAAAACCUAGAGCCAUUUACUUGGUACAAUCUGUCUGUUCGCUCUCAUACCAACAUCCUCAACGGUCCCUAUAGCAGUCCUGUCCUAGUACGCACCAAAGAAGGAGUACCCACUGCACCUGGUAAUAUACAGAUCAAGUCACUUGCCAAGGACAAAGUCCGCCUCAGCUGGACAGCACCUGCCAAGGUCAAUGGAGAAAUUGUGUCCUAUAUGAUCUUGUAUAAUCGCGAGCCUGGCCACAGUGACGACCUCUGGACCUCUAUUAGUAAAAACGGGAGCUCCACCUCUGCCGUUAUCAGGGACCUGUCAGACGACACUUACUACUUUAAGUUAAAGGCAUGUACGCGAGCAGGCUCUGGACCAUCCUCCCCCGUCAUACAGGUCAUUUUGAAGGGCUGUUCUCUGGACUGUAGUCCUGACAAUCCUCCUAAAAACCAGCAUACAGGUACAGAGUCGCCUCUCGGCGCAGUUCCAGACCAGAAACUCGGGAUAAUCAUAGGGUGCUCAGUUGGUCUCUCCAGCAUCAUCAUCUGUAUCAUUGUCAUCCUGCUCAAACAAAGGCACUACACCCGUCUGGCCCAGCACCAGGCUAACUUUCAUCAGAAUGGAUCUGUUCUGACAGGCCAGCCCAAUAAACCUCACAAUGAUGACAGUCUACCUAUGUUGCAGGAAAAUAUUCACAGUGACAGCAAGGGGCCAGGAAAUGGGACACUAUUCUUGGGAAAUGGACGCGUGAUCUACAUCUGUAGCAAUGGUCAUGGUAACGGUCGUCUUCGAGCAGUGGUAGCUGAGCCUCGCAGACAACCAAAUGGUACAACACAGGUACCAGAACAGACUGCCCUAUUGCUAGAGGAUGCAGACAGACAACAGCUGACUUUUAACCCAAGAAACAAUCUUUUGUCAAAGUCUGGCAGUAAUCUGACCAGUAGUCAGGGCCUGUCUUCAAGGGAGCCUCGUUACGAUAGUGACCACUCUGUGACCUAUGACCCCGGCCUUGAGAGUGUGACCUAUGACCCUGGCCUUGAGAGUAUAAGUCGCAGUCAAACUGGUUCACCAAGCAGCACAACAGAUAACUCUCCUCAUCCUGGCAGGGCAUGUUCUCUGGAAACUGACAAAAUUUCACUGAAUCCUACCUCAAACUCUCAGACACUAAGUUCUAAACAGUGGCCACCAGGGGAUGGUUGUACCACUGUGUUAACAGAGGAUGACAACUCUGGUGUGUUUCUUGUGGAAGAUGACACCGCUGUCCAAAGUGACGUUAAAAUAGACAAUAGCUGUGACAUGGGUUCAGAGGAUGAUUGUCACAGCAACAAGGCUGGUACGCUGAGUAGUGAUGAACUUCUGUUCAAGAUGUAUAACUCGACGACGUCAAGCGUCGAUUACAAUGAAGACACAUUAAGAAAUGUGUCAGCCUCCUCCUCUACCUCCAACCUGGCCAUGCAGCCAAGCAUGGGCCUACCUCAGACAUAUAGCUCAACCAAUUCGGCUCCAAGGGUGUGA